AUGGUCGCUCACGUGCAGCGAGCACGAGGUCAACGCACCAAACACCUGUAAACCACGAGAGAGAUUGCAACAGAUGAUUCACCGGUUGCCUCAUAACGAAUCCUCAUAACGUAAAUCCUCCUCUGCCUCAGAAAUCCCUUCGGGGGGGGGGGGGCCCUCUAAUCUCAAGAAUGUCAUAUCCCUCGAGGAACUUAUUAUAAAAUCUUCGAAGCAAUAAGGGAUGGGAAAAAGAAAAAAUGGAAAUUACAUCGAUUGAAACUCAAAUUAUAAGAUAAAAUGAAAAAUAUAAAAAAAACUAUAAGAUGAAAUAAAAAAUAUUAUAAAAAUAGCGUAAUAUUUCCGACAAGCGAGGAGAUUCAAAAUGGAGAACUUACAUUGCCCUCUGUAUCUUCUAUGACCAAGAGGAUCGGGCUCUCUACCUUGGCCAUUUUCCUGUACAUGCUGUUCAGACUGAAUCCAUGUUGGCUGGUGCUGAAGACGAGGGUCCAGAGGUAGCCCUCCGCCCUGGCUGGCAGGUGCCGGCACAGUUGUUCCCUGUGCUCGUCGCUGAGGAUCUCAGUGUUGCCGACCAGGUCGGGAACGAUGACGUCGUUGUCGAUGGAGACGGCGCUGUUCGUGUACAGAGCUCGCCUGAGCUCCUCGCUCAUAGACAAUACCUAGAAGAUUAUAUUCAAACGUCAGUUCGACGAUCCUUGCUCGCGAGGGAUCAGUCAUCUGGAAAAACGACACGCUCAGCGAUCAGUGAAGGAUUCUCAAGUGUGAACAUAUAUCGAAAAAUGGAUCGUUACAUGGUGGUAAUAAAACAACUAGGGGAACCAGGUACCAUUAUUAGUCAUCUAAGGCUAAAAAAUUCUAAGUCUAAUACAUCUAAAGACAAACACCACUACGCAUUCACAAGUGUGGCGUGUUUGUAAUUGUUGUUUUGCUAUGUUGAUAGAGUAAUCUUGGUGUACCCUGAAGAGAGGAGUUGUAGAGACAGACACGCAUAUGUACAGAAUUAUGAGUAUUUAUACGACCGAGAAGGAUAAACGUAGAUCUCGCGUAUUAAUGGAUAAGAUUGUUAAUUGCCUUGAACAUUGUGCAAUCCAUCUUCCACGCUAAUUAUAGUCGAUGGAGUAAAAACGGGAGCGAUUUAAUUUCUUUUUUUUAUUUGUUCGUUUAGAGUUGCAAGUCUUAUGCAGAUAAUUCGAACGUCAGAGGAAAAGAAUUUAUAUUCUCCGCAAUUGACCAUGUAA